CGCCAUGCUGCCGUUGCUAGUAGUAACGUUCGACGCCAAGUACAUCUUUGCAGUUCCGUAUAUCGUCGACAGAACGAACACAUUUGUGUAGCUCAUACGACUGAAAUAAUAAACACUGCAAAAUGGAGAUCGUGUAUGUUUACGUAAAAAAGCGGUCAGAGUUUGGUCGGCAAUGCAACUUCUCAGACCGGCCGGCUGAACUCCAUGUGGAUAUUGUGCCUGACCCUAGUCUUAUAGCAAACUUCAUAGACAGAGAUCCUGUGGACAUUGGAAUUCAGAAUGUUCAAGAAAUGUCAGAACAUGAGGUAAAUACAGAGAGGUUUGAGUCUGGCAUUAGGGGUAUCAAUCACACUGAAGGUGGUUGGCCAAAAGAUGUCAAUCCUCAGGAACUUGAGCAGGUGACACGUUACAGGAAAAAAGUGGAGAAGGAUGAAGUUUAUAUGCAGAGCAUCCUGUCACUUGGUAGCGUUAUGGAGCACUGCAUUCGACAGAACAAUGCCCUUGACAUUUAUGAAGAAUAUUUUGAAGAUGCAGAGGUGGAAGAACUAGACGAAGCACCUUCUGGCAAAACAAUCAAUGUAUUCAGGGACCCUAAUGAUAAACGCACGGCAACACAUAUUUCCUGGUUCCCUGAUGGUCCCCGCAAACUGGCAGUGGCAUAUUGUAAUUUGGACUUUCAAGGCUCUAGUGCUGAAACAAGUAUGGACUCCUACAUAUGGGAUGUAGAAAAUCCGAACAAACCAGAAAUCACUUUAAAACCUGUUUCUCCACUUGUAUGCCUAGAAUAUAAUCCCAAGGACUCCCAUAUUCUGCUAGGAGGUUGUUAUAAUGGUCAGAUUGCAUAUUGGGACACACGAAAAGGAUCACAGCCUGUGGAAAUGACACCCAUUGAACAGAGCCAUCGAGACCCUGCAUACAAAACAAUAUGGAUCCAGUCCAAGACAGGUACAGAAUGUUUUUCAACAUCAACAGAUGGCCAGGUGCUGUGGUGGGAUAUUCGCAAGCUUGGAGAGCCCACAGAAGUCAUGUAUCUGGAUAAAAAGCAAGAACUCAGCAAUGCACUAGGUGCUUACUGCCUAGAAUAUGAAUCAACUAUGCCCACAAAAUUCAUGGUGGGGACAGAACAAGGAACCAUCAUAACAUGCAACAGAAAAGCAAAGACUCCAGGAGAGAAGAUUGUCGCUAGCUUCACAGGUCACAUUGGACCAGUUUAUUCUCUGCAACGCAAUCCUGCUUUUCCAAAGAACUUCCUAAGUGUUGGUGACUGGAGUGCAAGGAUCUGGUCUGAAGAUAUAAGGGAGUCAUCAAUUAUGUGGACAAAACAAUAUUCAUCAUACUUGACUGAUGGCUGCUGGAGUCCGGUGAGACCUUCUGUCUUCUUUGUCACAAAAAUGAAUGGCUGUCUUGAUGUGUGGGACAUCAUUUUCAAACAGAGUGAUCCAACCCUCAGUCUUCAGGUUUGUGAUGUACCAUUGCAAUGUCUACGUGUACAAGAACAUGGUCGUCUGGUUGCUUGUGGCUCAAAAGAUGGCACGACCACACUACUUGAACUUUCAGAUGGUCUCUACACUCUGCAGAGGAAUGAAAAGAACUUGGUCACCAAUAUGUUUGAGCGUGAGACACGCCGUGAGAAGAUUUUGGAGGCAAGACACCGAGAGAUGAAGCUGAAGGAACGUACAAAGAGCCAGCAGGAUGGCAAGGAGGAUGAGGAGAAAGAUGGGAACGAGGAUGAACCUUCUGAAGAGAACCUUUAUGAGAUGGCUGAGAAGGAAUUCUGGGAGAUGGUUAACUCAGAAAAGAAGAAACAGUCAGAAACUUUUCGUGAGAUUGAGAAAUCUGCUACAGAAAAGGAAUCCCCAGGUCUUGGCGAAGAGAAGAUCAAUGAAUCAUCUGAAUCAGCUACCAAGGAAGAUUAAAGACAGUGAAAGAAUUUAUCUGAAGAUGAACAAAACUUUAUCACAAAAGAUAAGAUUAAGAGAUAUUAAUACAAGAGGCAUAAUGCUGACUUAAACAAGGACAAGAUAUAAUGCAAAACAACUACCAAAAAACAGAAGCUGGCACAAUGGCAAUGGCAAUGUGACAAUGGCACAAACAUACCUAAUACUAAAGAUCAUGUCUAAUCUUUAUACUUUUAUCAAAUUUACAAAUCUAACAUCCUUGAGCUGAGGCUGAGUGUUGUACCUCUCUCUCUUCCCUCCAUUUUCUGCCAAUCUGUCCUUGCCUGUCUCUUGCUUCCUCUCCCACAUUAAGAUCCAGUCUUGGGAAAACAUCUUUAUCUAACAACAGACUGAAAAUAUGACCAUAAGAAGUCUAUGUAGGACUGUGGAUUGAUAUAAAUAGUGUAAUAGUGUGAAUAUUACAAGUAUAUUUUAAUAAAUUGUUGCUAGAAUAACAGGAGGUAUAUAUAGAAGCUUGUCAGUCAUUAAAAAAAAAUGUAAUAUCUGGUUUCUUAUUUCAUGAUCAUUAUCCUGUUAUAAAUAUAAUCCAUUUCACUGUGUUUGAUGAAUCCUAUGAAGGAUAAUAAAAGAUAGAGACUCUUCAUUGUAUAAAAUUAUUAUUAUAGUAAAACCAUGCAAAUGCAAGCAUAUGGUGGUGUGUACAUGUGAUGAAUUUAUAUGCUCAUCUAUCUGUACAUAAUUUAAUGUUCCACAGAAAAGACUUAGAGGCACAUAUAAUAUUUUAAGAAUAUAUAUUCACAUUAACAUAUGCUACAAAUGUGUUGUUCUUUUUUCCACAAACAUUUGUUUAUAGCAUAUAAAAACAAAAAUUUUAUAUGCCAUAAACAUAUUUAAGUACAUGUAAUUUUAUUUUCAAACAAUGUACAUACAGAAUUGAUUUAGUGAUCUGUGAUAUA